GGGUUGCUCAAUUCGGAGGAUGGGAUACCGGAUAGUUGCGUCUGCUGCCACCACAGUCACAGACCAGAAGUGGAGCUAAACCUGCGAGGAUGGCUGGAAACGCGUGGAGGUCAACGGUGUCCCGUGUGAUGGGGGCGGUGAGGACCCAGACCCCUCAGCCCAGGAAUUUCACCAGAGGGCUGCAAACGGUUACACUAAUCCCUGGGGAUGGCAUCGGACCAGAAAUCUCAUCAGCUGUAGUCAAGAUAUUCGAAGCUGCUAAAGCCCCUAUCCAGUGGGAGGAGAGGAACGUUACUGCCAUCAAGGGACCAGGAGGGAAGUGGAUGAUCCCGCCAGAGGCCAAGGAGUCCAUGGACAAGAGCUUAAUCGGACUAAAGGGACCCCUGAAGACUCCGAUCGCCGCUGGCCAUCCCUCCAUGAACCUGCUGCUACGAAAGACCUUUGACCUCUACGCCAACGUGCGGCCCUGCGUCUCCAUCGAGGGCUACAAGACGCCCUACACCGACGUCAACCUGGUCACCAUCCGAGAGAACACAGAGGGCGAGUACAGUGGCAUCGAGCACGUGAUUGUGGACGGCGUGGUCCAGAGUAUCAAACUGAUAACAGAGGACGCCAGCCGCCGUAUCGCAGAGUACGCAUUCGAAUACGCCAGGAACAACCAAAGAAACAGUGUCACGGCUGUACACAAAGCCAACAUCAUGCGUAUGUCAGAUGGGCUGUUCCUCAGGAAGUGCAGAGAGGUGGCAGAGAAUUUCAAGGACAUCAAGUUCACAGAGAUGUACCUGGACACAGUCUGCCUGAACAUGGUACAGGAUCCCACUCAGUUUGAUGUGCUGGUCAUGCCCAAUCUGUAUGGUGACAUCUUGAGUGAUCUGUGUGCUGGCCUGAUUGGUGGUCUUGGAGUGACUCCCAGUGGCAACAUCGGUGCUAAUGGAGUGGCCAUCUUUGAGUCGGUCCACGGCACUGCCCCCGACAUCGCCGGUAAGGACCUGGCCAACCCCACUGCCCUGCUGCUGAGUGCAGUCAUGAUGCUGCGGCACAUGGGCCUGCACGGCCACGCACAGAAGAUCGAGAGCGCCUGCUUCGACACCAUCCGAGACAAAAAGGUCCUGACUGGUGACCUCGGCGGAAACUCCAAGUGUUCAGAGUUCACAGCAGAGAUCUGCCGAAGAGUGCAGGACAUGGACUGAAGACACACGUCAGCCCAUUCCCAAUAAUUAUAAUAAUAAUUACACACAUGAAAGACGAAUCCCUUCCUUGUCACCAAGAGGAAAACCAACAGAAAAAAAAGAAAAACAAAACAAUCUAUCUCAUCUUCGUAUCAUUCUCAUAUCUCUGCGCACAAUUCUACUAUCUUAAAUGUACAUGUGUAUGUAACUGAGAUCGAUAUAUAACUCCAGUGGGGUUACAGCCCUAAAUGUUUUAUUUUGUUUUUCCACCACUCGACAAAAAGCACUGUCUUAAAAAAGAAAAAAAAGAAAAAGUAACUCCUGUCCUAUGGUUCUGUGUUUGUGAGAUGAGUUUUAUGCUGCAUAAUCUAAAAAUGGUUUAUUUAUUUACUGGAUUCAGCCCAGAGUCUGGUACAUUUUAACAUAUUGUUGCCUGCCUGACUAAUGGCAGAGUGCAAAGUUGUCCGGUUUCAAAUUUGCAAUACAUUAAAAAAAAGUUACUGAUAUUUUCAAUCAAA